AUGGAUGUGGUGGGUGAAAAUGAGGCUCUGCAGCAGUUCUUUGAAGCUCAGGGAGCCAAUGGUACUCUGGAGAACCCAGCCCUGGAUACAAGUCUAUUGGAGGAGUUCUUGGGCAAUGACUUUGAUUUGGGGGCCUUGCAACGGCAGUUCCCAGUCACCCCACCCUAUUCUGCAUCUGACUCCUGCUCUCCUCCGCAGGUCAAAGGUGCCUGCUACCGGACUCCAAGGCCCACAACUGGGAGGACCCCAGCUCCUUUUCUCCACCCCGCAGCUGCCCCUGCGAUGCCGCCUGUGCACCCGCUGCAGGUCACCUCUGGAAUGGGCGACUCCAGCCAAAUCCACGGAGGCUUCCACAGCUGCCACUCAAACGCCAGUCAUCUUGCCACCCCCCUGGACCAAUCCGUGUCCUCCCAUAUGGGGAUAAGUUGUUCUUACCAUCCGCAGCCUCUGUGCCAUAGCCCUGGAGCCUCAUUACCUCCAACCAAGAAGAGAAAGUGCACGCAGGCACUGGAAGACUCCGGGGACUGCCGAGUGUGGGCCCACCACUGCAGACCAAUGACAAGUAGGAGUCACAGCAGUGAAGUCCAGGAUCCUGACAGUGAGGGACAGAACGGGAUGCCUACAGACCAGUGCUCUCGUGCUCUGAAGUGGCAGCCAUACCAUAGUGUUCCUUGGCACAGCUUAUUAAACAGUCAUUAUGAAAAACUACCUGAUGUGGGCUAUCGAGUUGUAACAGACAAAGGAUUUAAUUUUUCACCAGCAGAUGAAGCUUUUGUUUGCCAAAAAAAGAAUCAUUUUCAGAUAACCAUCCACAUCCAAGUUUGGGGAAGCCCAAAAUUUGUUGAAACCCAGAUGGGCCUAAAGCCAAUAGAAAUGUUUUACUUGAAAGCUUUUGGCAUUAAGGUAGAAGCCACCAAUCAAAUAAUUGCUAUUGAACAGUCCCAAGCAGAUAGGAGCAAAAACAUUUUCAAUCCUGUUAAAAUCGACCUAUUGGCCGACCAGGUCACCAAAGUAACGCUGGGACGAUUACACUUCAGCGAAACCACAGCAAAUAAUAUGAGAAAAAAGGGAAAACCAAAUCCAGACCAGAGAUACUUCAUGUUGGUGGUUGGACUGUAUGCUGCUAACCAAGACCAGUUCUAUCUGUUGUCUGCCCACAUCUCUGAAAGGAUCAUUGUAAGGGCCUCUAACCCUGGGCAAUUUGAAAAUGACAAUGAUGCACUGUGGCAGCGAGGACAGGUUCCAGAAUCUGUUGUCUGUCACAGUCGAGUAGGAAUCAACACAGAUGCGCCGGACGAAGCCCUGGUUGUCUGUGGCAACAUGAAAGUGAUGGGGACCAUCAUGCAUCCCUCUGACAGACGGGCAAAGCAGAAUAUCCAGGAGGUUGACACAACUGAACAGCUGAAAAGAAUAGCCCAAAUGAGAAUUGUUGAAUAUGACUAUAAACCUGAAUUUGCAUCUGCAAUGGGAAUAAACACCGCCCAUCAAACAGGAAUGAUUGCCCAGGAGGUGCAAGAAAUCCUGCCCAGAGCAGUAAGAGAGGUUGGUGAUGUCACCUGCGACAAUGGAGAGACCUUGGAGAACUUCCUCAUGGUUGAUAAGGACCAGAUCUUUAUGGAAAACGUAGGUGCAGUGAAGCAGCUGUGUAAACUAACUAAUAACCUUGAGGAAAGAAUAGAAGAGUUAGAAAUAUGGAACAAAAAGCUGGCCCGGCUCAAGCGGCUCAGUAGUUGGAAGUCUUCAGCCAGUGAAGCAAGCUCAAUCAGCAAAUGUAGCAGAGCUGUUAGUGCAUCUUCUCCAAGAAGAGCCAUUCACAAGAAAACCAACAAGGUUUGUCUUUCAGGAAAAAGACAGGCAUGUCCGAACUGGGUUUUCCAGACGUUGGUUAUAACUCUGAUUGCUGUGAUGGCGUUUUGUGCUUUGACGAUAGUCGUCCUUUAUAUACUUAGCUUAAAAGAUCAAAACCGACGUGCCCCAAAUCUCCCUCCAAGCAAUGUCACAAGCUCUCGGGAGCCAGCUCUGCUGCCCACAGCCUUGUCCUCAGCACCUAAUACAUCCCUGGUAACCACACCGGCCUCCUUACGAGUACCUGAAAUUACUUUCUGUGAAAUCCUGCCGUGUCAGGAGACUUAUUGCUGCCCCAUCUGGGGAAUGAAAAGAGGGUUUUCAAGUCCUGCGCAAAGACAAUCUGAAGACAAGGAAUUCCAUCAGGGGCAAUGGUCAGAAGACAGAAGCCAAUCAUUCCUGGCAAGAAAUGCGCUUAGCGGCCCUGACUGGGGGAGUGACCGGAUUGAUACAACUAUCAGUUCUAUUCAGAUUAUGGAAAUCCAGCAAAUAAUAGAUCAUCAGUAUUGCAGCCGAAGCCUCCAGUGCGGAUCUGGAAAUUACAAUUAUAAUAUUCCUGUUAAUAAGCAUACACCCACCAAUGUCAAGUUCUCUCUGGAAAUAAACACAACAGAGCCAUUGAUAGUCUUCCAGUGCAAAUUCACCCUUGGAAAUAUAUGUUUCCAUAAUAAAAGGGAAACCAAAGGGAUUGAAACCCACAGAGAAAUCUCCCAGGAGAUGACACAGGGAUAUCAGCACAUUUGGAGCCUCCCUGUAGCCCCAUUUUCCGACAGCAUGUUCCAUUUCCGUGUAGCUGCAGCGGAUUUAGCUGACUGUUCAACUGAUCCUUAUUUUGCUGGGAUAUUCUUCACAGAUUACUUCUUUUACUUCUAUCGACGCUGUACCUAAUUCAUUCACAUUUGGGGACUUUACCAAGGAAAAAUACUCAGGAACCCAUUUAACAGAAACUGACAUCGUCUUGCAACUUCUUUUUUCUUUUUCUGUAAAACAUUUAUGUUUAUUGCUGAAGGACUUUUUCAGGCUUUAGCUUCCAACAGUUCUGAGACAAUAACGAGGGGAAUAAAGCAUUUGCUGAAACUUGAAA